AUGAAGAUGCCCCUGAAGAGGGUCCCUGAGUCCCAGGGUUCAGCCGUGGUUCACCUGCAGACCCCGCACAAACUGGUGUCUGGCAUCCAGGACGAGCCCUACAUGAGUCUGAUCGGCAAACACUUGGCUUCGUUUGCGGAAAAUUGCGGCGGCUGUGACGAACUCGAGAAGAACUCAUUGCCCGGUUGUGAAGAAGGGGAGAUAGGGACAGAUCUUGGCAUUAAAUCAGAAUCAGAAAAUUGCAACGAAGUCGGAUCUUCUGAAGAAGAAGAAAGCCAUGUUCCUGAAAGAAAAUCAUUCCUAAGCGAGGAACAACAAUGUCAGAAAAAGACUAUAACUCAGAUCAUCAAGGACAAGAAGAAGCAGACACAGCUCACACUGCAAUGGUUGGAAGAAAACUACAUCGUGUGUGACGGGGUCUGUCUGCCCCGGUGUAUUCUCUAUGCCCACUAUUUAGAUUUUUGUAGGAAAGAGAAGCUGGAACCAGCCUGCGCUGCCACCUUUGGAAAGACAAUACGCCAGAAGUUUCCCCUUCUCACCACCAGAAGACUUGGGACAAGAGGACAUUCAAAAUAUCACUAUUAUGGAAUUGGUAUCAAAGAGAGCAGUGCAUAUUACCAUUCAGUCUACUCGGGCAAAGGCUUGACAAGGUUUUCAGGAAGCAAACUGAAAAGUGAGGGAGGAUUUACACGGAAAUAUUCGCUCAGUUCAAAAACUGGAACAUUGCUCCCAGAGUUCCCUAAUGCACAGCACCUUCUUCUUCAAGGGCCCAUCUCUAAGGAGAAGGUAGAUACACUUAUUAUGAUGUACAAAACCCAUUGCCAAUGCAUUCUGGAUAAUGCAAUCAAUGGAAACUUUGAAGAGAUUCAGAACUUUUUAUUACAUUUUUGGCAAGGAAUGCCUGACCAUCUUCUUCCAUUGUUGGAGAAUCCUGUCAUCAUUGAUAUAUUUUGUGUAUGUGAUUCUAUCCUCUACAAAGUUCUGACAGAUGUGUUGAUUCCAGCAACAAUGCAAGAGAUGCCAGAAAGUUUGCUAGCAGACAUCAGAAAUUUUGCUAAGCAUUGGGAGCACUGGAUGUCUUCAUCACUGGAAAAUCUCCCAGAUAGCCUUUCUGAAAAGAAACUGCCCAUUGCACAGAGAUUUGUUUCUUCUCUAAAACGGCAAACUUCAUUUUUACAUCUUGCACAGAUUGCCAGGCCUGCUUUAUUUGACCAGACUGUUGUGAAUUCCAUGGUGGCUGAUAUUGAAAAGGUGGAUCUAAACAGCAUUAGUUCACAGGCCCUACUCACAGUAUCGGGUGGAACAGAUCAGGACUUUGAACUGUAUUCGGAUUAUGACUCUAUUACAGUGUUUCAAGAAUUGAAAGACCUGUUGAAGAAAAAUGCUACAGUGGAAUCAUUCAUUGAAUGGUUGGACAUAAUAGUCGAGCAAAGAGUCAUCAAGCCAAGUAAACAAAAUGGAAGAUCCCUUAAGAAGAGAGCUCAAGAUUUUCUUUUGAGAUGGAGCUUUUUCGGAGCCCGAGUGAUGCAUAAUCUCACUCUUAACAAUGCUUCAAGCUUUGGUUCCUUUCAUCUGAUUCGAAUGCUGCUGGAUGAAUAUAUUCUGUUGGCCAUGGAGACUCAGUUUAACAAUGACAAGGAGCAGGAGCUACAGAAUCUCCUGGACAAAUAUAUGAAAAAUGCAGAUGCUAGUAAAGCAACAUUCACAGCAUCACCGAGCUCCUGUUUUCUUGCAAAUCGUAACAAAAACACAUUGCUUUCUAACGAUGCUAUGGUAAAAAAUGAAUCUUUGGCAUCACAGACAUAUCCAUCUCUAGCAGCAAGCCAACACAACUUAGCUACUAGUGUGACUCCAUUCCCAAAUGCUGAAAAUGACCCUCUUCAAAUGGCAGAUUCUAUGGAGCUUUCUCACAGUAACAGUCAUGUGAUCACUCCACCUCUAUCUCCAACUCUGGGCAACAGAGGAAGUGUAAUCAACCAAGGACCGAUGGCUAUUAGGUCUCAGAAUGGCAGCUCUGCAUUACCUGUCCACACGCACUGUCACCCAUACCCAGACUCCCUCUACCAGACGUUGCCCCAGCCUGAUCAAGCCUACUAUGGCACUAGCUCGAAUUAUCAAGCCAUGUUCAGGAAUCAGACACAUGCUUCUCCUGCAGUGUAUCACCAUAGAGCGGAUCCCAGUCGUUUCACCUCUUUCAAUGAGCAAGCAGUUUCAAGGGACUACUUCAACAGUAGCUGCGCUGUGUCACCCUAUAACCCCAGAGCUCCAUCUAAUUUUGGGUCAUCUUCAAAUCCGCAGGAAGCACACAACAUGCAGUUGCUGAAUGGAGGCACUUUUAACUUUUUGGGAAAUUCAGUUGCAUGUCAAGGAGCAUCAUUUCCUUCCACUGGCUCCAAUGGUUACUAUAGUCACAACAACUACCCAGAAUCCCACAGAUUGGGGCCCAUGAUUGACCAACAUGUAUCUGUUAUUAGUAGUGUAAGCAGCCUUCGAUCGGUAGCUGGUUACAAUGACAUCCAUGAUCCGCUCAACAUUCUGGAUGACAAUGGAAGAAAACAGGCAGGAUCAUACUACGCAGAUUCUUCAUCAUUAGUUUGUCGAGCUCCUGUGGCUUCACACAUGCAAAGUGUGAUUUCUUCAUCAUCUUCCCAAUGCAUGUACAGCAACAACUCAAGUCAAUAUAAUUCUCAGGAUGCAGUUGAUGUACACAGACAGCCUGGAGAGGUGACAAAUAUGGUAUCGUCUCUACCCCCAAUCAACACGGUGUUCAUGGGGGCCACAGCGGGAGGAACAUAG